UCGGAUGGAUCGUCAGUUUAACGGCAGCAAACGAUCCGAACGGAUGCACGCGCGCCCUUUCUGAUCGGACGGACGGACAGUCAGUUUCGGAACAUCUUGUCGAUGGAAUACCGUUGGCCUCUGCCUGCGUGUAGCCAUCGAAGCCAUUGACGCGAAGAUCAGAUCGUACUGAGUUCCCGUUGUUGUGUCCGCCAUUGUUAGAAAGAUGUUGUGGUUCCCUGGUGCCAUCCUUGUAUCACUGCUGUUAUCUACUACAAGCUUCCAUGCCCUCGAGCUGACCGAUCGAUCGGUCGAUCGGUAUGAGUUGGAUCCACAGUUGACGGAGCAGUUGAAUCGUUUCGCUAGCGCCACGAAUCUGGAGGAAUCCCUCAACUAUGGCCAGAUGGUGGUGGAGAAAUCGAAACGUGCCGAAGGUGCGAUCACCGGUGGACGGAACAGAAAGAUCAACCGUGGUGGCGUAGCCUACGCACAGCUCAUCGAUGGAUACCCAACUCCGGACACCGAGCGUCAGGAUCGCGUCGCAGGAACCGUUCUCCGUGCUUCAUCAUACUUCGUGAACCGGUUCUGCGUACCAUCGGCCAUUCCUUCGUACGAGUGUGGCCUCUUCCUGUCCCGGAUAGCACUUCCGGAGAGUUCUCCCCUGUACGCACGGUGCAGAUCGACGAUCGAGGCAAAGGAACACAACGAUCAGUACCGUCGAUUACUACCAGCCGUGUACGACGAUGGAAUCUACACGUUCCGACGCAGUGUAACCGGCCAAGAGUUACCAUCGGCGAGGUUUGUGUCCAGCAAGUUUCACACCCGGGCUGGUGGCGAUGGCCAGUCCGACUUGGGACACCAUACGGCGGCACUCGUUCAGUGGUCACAGUUCAUCGAACACGAUCUUGCCAAAACGACCGUCCAGACGAUGCACGACGGUGCGGACAUUGAGUGUUGCACCGGGGAGCAUGGCCCCCUGUUACCGCGCUAUCGCCAUCCGGCCGCCUGUGCACCGAUUCCCGUGCCGGUCGAUGAUCCCUUCUACCGGGAACAUCGUGCCACGUGCCUGAACUACGUUCGCAGUGGCCGCUCGCUCGGUGACUCUUGCCAUCUCGGACCGGCCAACCAGUUAAACGCAGCCACCGCUCAUCUCGAUCUUUCGCAGCUGUACGGCAGUACGGUGAACGAAUCGACGAUCCAGCGGACACACCAAGGAGGGCGUCUUCGUGCGCAACAGUACGAUUCACUGGACUAUCUACCGGAUGGUCUGGAUGCCAACCUUUGCGUCACCGAUGAACAACUGGAAACGAUCUGCUACUCAUCCGGUGACAGUCGGGUUAACGUGAAUCCCUACGUUACACUUCUGCACACACUGUUCCUGCGAUCGCACAACCGACUGGCCAAGCAUCUUGCCCUUGUGGCACCCCGUUGGACCGAUGAGCAACUGUUCAACGUGGCACGGUUCGUGAAUACCCGCGUUUACCGGAAGAUUGUGCGUGAUUGGCUAACAACCAUCACCGGACAACCGUCGGUUGGUACUCGAUCGACCUCGAUCGAUCAGGAUGCUCCUGGGGAGACUGUGCAGCAAGUGAGCAACGAGUUUGCCUCGGCCGCCAUACGGUUCUAUCACACCAUGAUGCCCGCUACCGUCGGGAGUGUACCACUGCAGACACUCUUCUAUCGGCCAAAGGAUCUCCGGAAGCGAGAUUACUUCCGCCAGUUGGUCGACUCGGUUCUGCACCAGCCGGCGAUGGCCCUCGAUACGGCUUAUGUGGACGAUGUGGCCCAUCUACUGUUCGGUGCCACACGCCAGAUUGGGCUCGAUGUACUAGCCCUGGAUAUACAGCGUGGCCGGGAUCAUGGCCUCGCCCGGUAUGUCGAUUACUAUGCGCUGUGUAACGGUGUUCGUAUCGAUGACUGGAACCAACUCGCUGGAGUAGUGCGACCGGAAGAUCUGGCAAUCCUACGCUCGACGUAUGCUCGCGUCCAGGAUGUGGAUCUGAUCGUUGGAGGUGUUGCGGAGCAACCGGCGAAGGCUACUGUGGGUGGUGCCAUUGUAGGUCCAACGUUUGCGUGUUUGAUACGCGAACAAAUCGAACGAUCACUGGCCGGGGAGAAAGGUCAACCCGGGGCUGAGAUUAACGUGCUAGUCGAUGGCCUGCUGAAGGAUUAUGGGGCGGCAAGGUUCAUGUGUGAUACGGCACAGGUCGAUCGAGUGCAGCGCGAUAUCUUCCGGCUACCGUCACCGGUCGAUAACCCAUCGCUCGAUUGCGCACAGUUGCCCUCGCUCAAUCUUACGCGGCUCGUGCAAGCCUUGGAUGCAGUGGCCGGAGGGUGGCCGCAAGUUCGUCGCAUGAAAGGUCAAGUUGCAAGUUAAAACAAAAACCUGUACUACCACUUCCGCGAGCAGGCAGGCCGGGGUGUGCUGCAAUGCGGAGAGAGAUAAGUUUCUAGUGAGCCGCGGCAUCGUCGUCGGUUAAUACGCCUUGCUGAUAGGGGUGGCUAAGCGCAAUGGGUGGCAAUGAGGACAAAUGCUUCAAGAUCUGGUGGUCCCCAGAAAGUGUGUCAGCAAAGAAGCAACGGCAUCAAGUGGCGUUAUCAUCGCGCCAACGUGGAUGUGAUGGUUUUGGUUUGAAAACACGUGGAGAUUGAAAGUGAACGGCAAUGGGAGAGUUCAUUUGGUGCCGUUUGCAGGCAUGGCAUGGCAUUAGAUUAACUUAUUAGCGAUAAGAUAUGCUCAGUAAACAAUUUUAAAUAAAUAUACAAAUUCUUAAGGUCUGUGGAGUGUGU